CGAGCACGGUAUAUUGUUUAGCCAUUGUUAAACGGUGACUUGAGUGUGGGAGAGAGGAGGGUUUGACGCGAUUUGGUCUGAGAAUUACCUACCGUGGUUGCUCUGUAAACAAUCUUCGGAAUGGCGGCCAUACGCUGUUCACCUGCAAUGCUGCGCUUUCCUCGCCGUUAUCCGCUUACUUUGCUUGUCCUGCUUAUUCCGCUGUCGAUAUUCUUAUACAAUAAUUUUGGCGGUCAGGUCGUUGCUUGGGCAUCAAAUAGGAUAGUCCCAAUAUCCCCAGCAUUUGGUUCGCCACCGCCGCUUUCCUCUAAUAUCUCGCAUUCUGUACAAGAUGCCGUACCUCACAUCCUACUCGUCUCUGCGUUCUUCCCUCUCUCUAAGUCGAAACAUUCUAUGGCACAAUAUUCAGACUGGCUUUCGCGCUUUCUGGGACGGAUAACGACUCCAGUGUACUUCUACGCACCACCAGAUCUUGAACCAACCAUUCGUGCCAUUCGAGGGUCGUUACCGAUCGUCAUUGACACGCGUUAUGAAACCGCGUUCGACAUCCCGCCGUUGCAAGGCCGCAAGGAGACCUACGAGAAGAUGCAUUCCUGGGAUCGGGAGAAAGACCAUCAUAGCCCAGAACUAUACGCUGUGUGGGCUGCAAAACCAUUCUUACUGGCUGAAGCUCUGCGUCGCCUGAAUGCAGGAGAGGGACUUGAAUCGCUCGGGAUGACGAGUGCGGAUGAUAUUCAAUACGCGUUCUGGAAUGAUGCAGGGUCAUUUAGGAGAAAACAUGUGUACUCGUCUUGGCCUGAUCUCGCUCGUCUGGACGAAGUAUGGAAGGAUGGUGAAGUACUGAGCGGGACGAAGAAGGACGAGCUCGUGUUCUUCCCGGUACAGCGAUUACCUGAUUAUACCAUGCAACUAUGGAUGGAACAUUUGGGCCCAGUAGAUAAUGACGUAUCCGAGGGUUCGUUCUUCGGUGGUCACCCUAAAGUCGCGGAUUGGUGGGAGAAAUACUACUACGCAUACCACGACCACUACCUCGCACAGCACGUCUUCGUCGGGAAAGACCAAACACUCAUUAACGCUCUCUUCCUCCUCCGACCCUCGCACUUCAUCUCGGUAUGGCAUGGCGACCCCGACGCACCCGCAGCUCUCUUCAGACCCGCCACAUUCUCCUCACUCGACACCGAGUUCGUUCUAGGUGACUGCGGUGACCAAUGGUACUACUACCAAUUCUUCCUCGCCAGUGAUGAAGAAAGGGAUAAAAUGCGAGAAGUAUGGAACAGAACGUGGUAUUGGGACUUUUGGAAAAAGGAGUGGUGGACGAGGAGGAGGGAGUCGUGUCGGUUGACGAGGACUGUGGAUAUGCUGACGAGUUUGAGACGUAUGUUUGGGGAUGGGUGGAACCCUCCGCCGUCUAGCGUGCAGUUUUAAUGUGGUUGAAUAUACCGACAUUUGUUACUUAUUAAUGGUUAUUUAUGAUGGACAUUUACAGCAC